AUGGAAACCCAAUUGACACCAUUACAACAGAAUGUAUUAGAUAAGUACAGCGCUCUAGCUACAACAUUGCAUUCUCUAGAUGCGGCUAUCCAGGAGUUGAAUGCAAGUCAACGUAAUAAGGAUAAGAGUAAAGCAUCGCCAGAAGAAGUACUUUCGGAGAUGAGAGAGUUAGAAGUGAAGUUAGCAUUAGUAGGAACGUUGUUGAAAGGUAGUGUGUACUCAUAUGUGCUGAGCAACCAAGACAAAAACCAAUAA